UCUUCACCUAGCCACACCUCGCGUCGCCUCAGACGCGGUUCACCCGCUACUACCGCACAGCUGCGCAAUUAAAGAAUUGAUUCAUCGACAGUAAUUACGAUUAUGUCUAAACGACCGCUGUCUACUCUACCGCUGCCUGGUCAUGUCCUCUCUGCUUUAGGAAACGCUGGGUACGAAACAGUAGCGGAUUUAUCUGGUGCAACACCCGAGGCUCUAAGGAGAGGACUCAAUAUACCUCUGGAAUCCUCCCAAGCCAUCUUUUCGGCCACACAGGUGCCGAGGACAGCGCCAUUGACACAAUCGGCCGCGCUUAUGGUGGGGAAUCACAAAUUGUAUUCCACCCAAUUCUCUCAGCUCGAUGCGCUGCUUGAGGGGGGCUUGAAGCAAGGCUUCAUUUUGGAGCUGUCCGGUCCGCCGGGUUCCAUGAAGGAGACAGUGGCCGCAAACAUCGUCAGCAGUUUCAUCGACACGUCUCAGCACGUGCUCUUUGUAGACAUGCAAAACAUGACAAGUCCCGCCACCCUCGUUCGGUUACUACGUACAUCGUCAUCAAGCCUUCAAGAUCAUCAGGGACGAGUGUAUCAUCUCCGAAUACACACCCUUCCAGACCUCAUGAUGUUUUUUCGAAACCUGCCCUCAUAUCUACAAGACCAUCCGGAAUCUGCGGCAGGUUUGUCAAAUUCGACGCGCAACGCCCUCCUAGAUAGGGUGAAGCAGACGCUCGCCCGCGCUUCUGCGUCCACGAAGCUGACCGUCGUUAUCACGAGCCAGCUUGCAACUAAAUUGCUGAAGCCCGACGGCUCCGCAGCGGACUUCGAGACGGGCUCGAGGGCGAUCAUGGCACCGGCUCUAGGACCUACCUACCUACCCUCAGCGAGAACACACAGAGUGUGUAUUAUACCACGGUCGAGGACGGCUGGUGUCUUCCGCCUACUGUUGUCACCCUUGCUGGCGCAUGGUAGCCAGCCGCCCAUCGAAGAAACUUACCAGUUGGCGCGGUGACCGGGCGUGUUGUAUUGGUAGUUUGAGCCUAAGCCUUGAAGAGGGUGCUCUUGUAAUGGAUGUGUGGCCCACCAGCACGUACAACGCACGCACAGCGCACGGACUGCGGGUGGCAUUCUCCACAGUCACAGUACAGCAGCGGGUUCACUGACAUGUAUCAAGCGGACGAUUUUCGGACACCCACGUUUCCCUGACAGGUAUUCAGAAGUCACUGGAGUUCAUUUCAUUGUGAACUAUCGGCAGCGGCUUCACCCAGGAGCCCGUCCGGGCCUGCUAUUACGUCCAUCUUCCAGUCAUGCGGUGCUACCGGCACCUGUCCUGCUUCAAGGAUUUGCUCUCGUAAGGACAGCGCCA